AGUCUCGUGAAUCGUCCUCGUCGCGGAGCUCACUCACUCGAAGAUGUUAACGGCAGAUAUACCACCGAAUCAAUCAAUCUACAUCCAAAACCUCAACGAAAAGAUCAAGAAAGAGGAAUUGAAGAGAUCUCUUUACUGUUUGUUCUCUCAGUUUGGGAGGAUACUUGAUGUGGUUGCUUUGAAGACUCCGAAACUCCGGGGACAAGCUUGGGUUACGUUUAGUGAAGUCACAGCUGCUAGCAAUGCCGUUCGUCAGAUGCAAAAUUUCCCCUUCUAUGAUAAGCCAAUGCGCUUACAAUAUGCAAAAGCAAAGUCAGAUUGUUUAGCUAAAGCUGAGGGAACUUUCGUUCCAAAAGAUAAGAAGAGGAAGCAAGAAGAAAAAGUUGAAAGAAAGCGUGAAGAAUCCCAACGACCAAACACGGCUAAUGGCCCAAGUGCUAAUGGUCCAAGUGCCAAUAACGGAGUCCCUGCGCCAUCCUUCCCACCGAGCGGGCAAGAAGCGAUGCCACCAAACAACAUACUCUUCAUUCAGAAUCUCCCACACGAGACAACAAGCAUGAUGCUCCAGCUUCUCUUCGAACAAUACCCUGGAUUCAAAGAAAUAAGAAUGAUCGACGCAAAACCAGGAAUCGCGUUUGUGGAAUAUGAAGACGAUGUUCAAGCUUCCAUAGCUAUGCAACCUCUUCAAGUUGUUUCCUUUAUUAAAACCAUCAUGUCUUCGACUUCUUUCACCGACCUCCUUGAAUCUUCCGGCGUUGACUGUUACGAAGAUGAUGAAGACUUGAGAGUUUCCGGGUCGAUUUUUGGUGGGUAUUAUCAAGAGAGAACCGGGUCGGGUUUACCUAAGUUCAAGACGGCUCAACCACCUCCUAUUCCGAUUUCACCAUCUUCACAUAACUUCACUUUCUCCGAUUUCCUUGAUUCUCCUCUGCUUCUUAGCUCCUCACACAGUUUGAUAUCUCCAACAACAGGAACGUUUCCAUUGCAAGGCUUUAAUGGAACAACAAACAAUCACUCGGAUCAUUUUCCUUGGCAGCUUCAAUCGCAACCCUCAAACGCUUCUUCUGCUUUGCAAGAAACAUAUGGUGUUCAAGAUCACCAGAAGAAGCAAGAGAUGAUUCCUCAUGAGAUUGCAACACAAAACAACAAUCAAAGUUUUGGAACAGAUCGUCAGAUAAAGAUACCAGCAUACAUGGUGAGUAGGAACUCUAAUGAUGGUUAUGGUUGGAGAAAAUACGGUCAGAAACAAGUGAAGAAGAGCGAAAACCCUAGGAGUUACUUCAAGUGUACGUAUCCUGAUUGUGUUUCCAAGAAGAUUGUUGAGACGGCUUCUGAUGGACAGAUCACUGAGAUCAUUUAUAAAGGUGGUCAUAAUCAUCCUAAGCCUGAGUUCACCAAGAGACCAUCACAAUCUUCAUUACCAUCAUCGGUUAAUGGGAGGCGCUUGUUUAAUCCUGCUUCUGUUGUUAGUGAACCACAUGAUCAAUCAGAGAACUCUUCGAUUUCGUUUGACUAUAGUGAUCUUGAGCAGAAAAGCUUUAAAUCAGAAUAUGGUGAGAUUGAUGAAGAGGAGGAACAACCUGAGAUUAAGAGAAUGAAAAGAGAAGGUGAAGAUGAAGGAAUGUCUAUAGAAGUAAGCAGAGGAGUGAAAGAGCCAAGAGUUGUGGUUCAGACAAUAAGUGAUAUUGAUGUUCUUAUAGAUGGCUUUAGAUGGAGGAAAUAUGGUCAAAAAGUUGUCAAGGGAAAUACUAAUCCAAGGAGCUACUACAAGUGCACAUACCAAGGUUGUGGAGUGAGGAAGCAAGUGGAAAGAUCUGCAGCAGACGAGAGAGCUGUUCUCACUACCUAUGAAGGAAGACACAAUCACGAUAUCCCAACCGCGCUACGUCGCUCAUGAAAAAUCAACAUUCUUGGGACUU